GAGAAAGAGCGUCGGUCGGAGCGCUUAAAAGUGUUUUGUACGCCACAGGCAUUCACAGUUCGCAUUCACGUUUCCAAUAACGAACAAAGCAUAAGCAUUACCGCAGCAAAAUCGUCGCCGAGCAGAUUAUUCUGUCAAGUCAAGAAGACUUUCCUGAACCCAAAACCGAAGAACAAAGAUGGUGAAAUUAAUUGCAAGCCUUCUGGUGCUGGCCGUGGUGGCCCAACAGGCGUACGGAGACUUUAAAUCCUUAAGCAAGAAAGAUAGCAAGAGUUUCGCGCCAGUGCAAAGGAACGAAGGGAAAAAGCUAAAGCAGAAUAAUGACCAUGGUCAAGAUCAAAUAGUGAAGAACGAUGAGUACAGUGGCGAGUGCAAAGGCUCGCUGGAGGUUCCCGAGAUCCCCAAGGGCUGGAUGGACUUGAAGGACGGCUGCCUCAACGGAAUGCGCCACCAGAUCCAGGAGGAGAUCAACGCUUCCUACCAGUACCUGGCCAUGGCCGCCUACUUCGCCCGCGACACCGUCAACCGCCAAGGCUUCGCUGAGAACUUCUUCAAGGCCGCCAAGGAGGAGCGCGAGCAUGGCUCCAAGCUGGUUGAGUACCUCUCCAUGCGUGGCCAGCUCACCGACAGCGUCAGCAACCUCAUCACCGUGCCGACCGUAGCCAAACAGGAGUGGAAGGAUGGUGCCGCCGCCCUUGAGGAUGCUCUCGAGCUGGAGACCAAGGUCACCCGCUCCAUCCGCAAGUUGAUCCAGACCUGCGAGGGCAAGCCCUACAACCAUUACCACCUGGUGGACUACCUCACCGGCGUGUACCUGGAGGAACAGCUCCACGGACAGCGCGAGCUGGCCGGCAAGCUGGUUACCCUCAAGAAGAUGAUGUCCACCCACGGCGAACUCGGAGAGUUCCUGUUCGACAAGAGCUUGUAAAAUGGUUCUCUCGUUCCCGUUCUGGACCACCCACACCACCGCCACCGUGGAGGAGGUGUCCGGUCACUCUUCAAACUUAUCAGCCAGCAAAUCGACUCCAUCUAGUGUUCUGUUAUCUAUUUCGUUAUCACCCGAGCUGAGACCCUUCCCAGAGUGUCCGCUAUUAAAUCACAAAUUAAAGCUUCAGCUUUCAUUCUCUUUGAUUGGCACUAAAUUCUCCCAAUAAAUUACCCGUUUCCUUCUGGCUCACCUCGGAUCCACGGGGCACAGCAAAAACCUUAGAGUUCUGUUCUUAUCAAUCCACUCCUCAAGCUAUCUAGUGCGAGAGCGGAGAGUAUUAUCAGUUCUAUGAGUGGUCAUUUACGCUAUGGCCUAUCGCUAUUGGGAAGGGUCCAAAGCUCUGGUAGGGAGUUCAGCAUUAUGCAAGCGCCGAGAUUCGCCUAGAUAUAAGUGACACGCGCAGGGAGGGAUCAUUUUAUAUAAGCCAUCAUGCAAAACUCAUACGGUACAUUUAAUAAAUAUCUCUAUAUUUUUCUGUCAAUUAGACCAGCAAGCUAUAAUAAAAUAAACAAUACACAAGA